AUGAAUGAAAUCGGCACAGGGGGUGAGGACGUCGGCCGAGAGCAGACGUCGCAGCGGCUCGAGGAGCGCACCGACAUCAACCAGGAGAAAGCAUCAUUGACAGCUAAACAUGAUGAACCAACGAUUGAUGCGACGGAGGAGGAGAAAGAGGCUGGGCUUGUACUCACCGAGCUGUUUACUCUUGGGGUCGAAGACGACGUCGUAAGUGACAGCGAAGAUGACCACAGUGAUCGUGCGUUAGCCGCAUCUACGACUGCUACGGAAGCCCAAGGGCCCCGCAUUGAGGAGCAGGGCAAGGAUAACCACGAGCAAGAGGCGCAAGCACGCUCUUCAGCCAGGGGAAUGGAAGGAGGUCAGACGACAACCACCAACAGUCGUCGAUCACAAUCCCCAACAACACAAGCGAUGGAAACCCACUGCCGCAUGAUGAUGAAUGGGAUAGCAAGUUCUGUUGACGUUGCCUCGGGUCUACUCCAAGAAUCAGCGGGCGAAGUUCUGCGGUGUUUAGUGCUCGACGUUCAGGACACCGAACGAACAGUCGCGGAGCAGCUCCAGAGCGUCCAGCCGGAGUUGUCCGGCGAGGCUUGUACGUGGCUGAAGCAGCAGGCUGCAAGGGGGCUCGACCGAGGCCAAUCGCAAGCCUUUGAGCUCCGUCUAGCCGGUAUCGACACACAGUGUCUCGCCUCCGUAGCGAAAGCCUUCCAGGACCAACGCGCUGCAAUAGAGCGCAGGAUGAAGGAAACGAUUGAUGAGAUGGUAAGCGCUUUUGAUCGACACCUGGAAGAUUCUGCUGCGUCGACCAAGCAAAACUUCCGAUGGAUGAAACGGCGGUACAGAGAAAAGAUCGACAUCAACCGUGCUGCCUCCAGAAUCGAACUCAAGGACACAAUUCUUUUGGACAAGUGUAUCCUUGAGGAUAAAACGAAGGAGAUUCGUGAUCAGUACAAGGAAGAAGUUGGUCGCCUGAGGGUAGAGUUUCAACUCGAGAGGUCCACCCUACGGAAGCAGUGCAGAGAGCUGGAGCAAUCGGUAGAAGUGCUACGGCUAGAAAAGAUGCAAGCCGAAGAAGAUGCUCUUCAGGCACAUCGCUAUAUCGAGGCGCUAGAAGACGGGGCACCCAACCACUCGGAGGACGGAAGCGUCAGAUCGCACAAGCACUCCCCUCGCGGAGGAAGGAGCCCUCGUGGGGGGGGGCACUCGCGGCACGCCUCGCGGAACGGCAGUGCGCAAAACUCGCGGCACCCUUCACACCACAUGCUGCAGCGCCAGGAAAGUUUAAACCCCGGCACAAGCCCAUCUCGACAUGCGUUUCUGUCCGCGGGGAACGGGGCCAGCGGCAGCCCCAGGUCCCCUAGGCACAUGCUCGCCGCCGGUGGUCACGCGGGGGGGCGUUUGUCUCCUCGAGGGGCCUCAAAAGGCGGCGCCUCAACCCUCCCUGAUUGCCAGACUGGUAGAGGCGUCGGCGUGGGGGCAACACAGGAAGCCGCAGUAUCGCCGCGUGGCGCCGGUAGCGCGCACAACACCGGCCGCGGGAUAGGCAGCAGGCAGAACACCGGCCGCAUGGCGAGCGGGCAGAACACCGGCCGAAACGCUUUCCUAGCAUGCGAAGACAACGGGGGGAACAACAGUAGCAGGCAGCUGAUCAACCCCACGGCGCGGCACGAGGAGGCUCGCCAGAGGUUCGAGAACGACGUGGCGAGCAAACUGAUGCAAGUUAUCGAGAAGAAAAAGCUUGCCAACCUCGAGGAAGAACUUGCUGACGAGAUCAAGAACCGGGAGGCGGCAAACGCUCGCCUGGCGAUGAUGGAGCAAGUGAUACCGAAGCUGCACGAAGACCUGAAAAACGUGCAGGCCCAGCUGGUGCAAUCUAGGAUGGAGACGAACGAGCUACGGAAAAUCAACACCGUGAUGACGACCGACCUGGCGCAAGCUGCCUCGUCGGAAGGACAAGUCAGGAUAAGGGACGCCGCGGCCGUUCGGGAAGCCGAGACAACGCUGCGCGACCACCCAAUCGGAAACGCCGCUGCCGUGGCCGGAGGCGCCCCAUCAUUUCGGCACGCCGCCGGCGCCGUGGUCGGGGCGAUUCGCUUCAGCACCCGCCAGCUAGCAGGGGCCGGCCGCGAACCACGGGCAGGGCCCGCACAGCAGCAGGACACCGUCGCCCUCCGCAAGGCGAAAGAGAUGGGCCAGUGGGUGGUCCAAAAUCCGCCUGAAGAGCACCAGGAGGGGGAGCAGGAGGAGUAUCCGGUCGACGACAACGACAGUGCCGAGGAUCGAGAGCUCGUGUCCAAGCUGAAACGGCAGAUCUCGGCGCUCGAAGACGAGAGGAGGGCUCCCGUGGCGGGGGCUGCUGGGCUCCGCUCGGACAUGGACGACUUCCGGAACGACGACGGUGGCAAAGAACGCGCGUACACCAGCGGGGGGACCCCAAACGCCGGAGAAGAGACGCUCGCCGACAGGAGGUUCGCCUCAAUUAAAUUCGAAGUCGAAAACCUCAAAGAAGUUCGGAGAGAUCUCGAGUCGAAGAUCGCCAAAAUGCAGGUGGAAUCGGAUGAGAACAGCUUCCUCCGACGACGACUCGAGGCGAUCGAGCGGACGACCCUGAAGCUCAACAUAGGUGGCGUAUCGAACGACCUCCAGAUCCUUCGGGAGCGACUCGAGCUGGAGGCGGCCGAGGUAUCACGCCUCAGGGGGACAGUGGCCGCGCUCCAGAAUGACAAGGUUAUGAUGACUGAGGAAAAGGCCAGCUUGGAGUACGACAUACAGAGGCUCGCACAAUUCAAAGCCGAGUUCGAGAACCUCGCUGACAUUUCCAUCAACGACAGCGAAUCCAAUGGCCUCAACGGUGACAGUGGCACAGCUGGUGGCGCAGUGGAUUGCGGGGACGGCGGCAAGUGGAAGCAGCGAGCAAAGAAACUACAACAGUACAUCAAAUGGCAACUCGCCGAAGCCGAGACGCAGGCUCAGCGUGACCGUGCCCAAAUGGCUUUGAAGUCGCGAUCUCACGAGAUUCUGAUGGCCGAGAUGGCUGUGCUCGUCAAACGCUAUCGCCGUGAGCGGGGCCGACUGUACGAGGUGAACCGAACACUGCUCCAGCAGCUGGCAGAACUCGACGCUCAGAGCGAUCACGAUCCUCGCCGAAGAAAAGUCCACACAGCCGGACCACCAGGUGUAACAGCAAACGGGCAGCCGACAAACCCCAAGUAUGGACGGGGCAAGGCGAGGGAAUGGGCCAUCACAGGUGGUGGUGGCCUGAGACACCACCAGGGGGCGAAGGUCGUCACCGACACGACCACGCUCUCCUCGGUGGCUUUGGUUCCUACGCAUACCAUCGAGAACACCCCAGCGGUUGUUGCUGCGGUAGCCUCAGCGCGGCGAAAAGGGCCGGCCAUGUCAGCAUCGGCGGCCGCGUUGCUGACAGCUGGGGAGGAGAGGGUCGCAGGGGCAAGAAAUGGUGGAGAAAACGAUUUCUCCCGCGCACGGCCCCGAACAUCGACUGGGUGCGAAAGUCGGGCGAGAAACAGGAUAGGUGUGGAUCUGGUGGCCAAGAAACGGUGUGACAGGAGGGGCAGAAAAGAGAAAGCCUCCCUGAAAAAGGAAGUGGAGACUCUCGCUCGACAACUGCGUUCCGGGGUCCGUGAAGAGUUUUUCGGUCCUCUUUCCCAGAGCGCUCGGGAAAGGGCCAAGGACAUGAGCGCCGCCACAAAACGCCACACAACUCGAGACCCCAUGAUCUUGGCCAAGCCCCUUUCUGCCAUCACAGGGUCUGUCCUGACCAACGUCCCUCUCCCAGCCAGGGUGGCGACGGUCGGUGGCGAGAUGGAACCCUCUUACAAUCAAGGCAGAACAAGCAGGUCAUGGUCAAGACCUACGAGAUGCGAACAGAACGCAUCUGCUGGUGGUUAUGGUGAUGGCUAUGGCCACCAUCGAGGUGGCGCGGGCGCAUUCUGGUGA